AUGUGUUUAUCACCAUCGAAAGAAGUUCACGCGAAACAAAGCUUUGUUCACACAUGCUGCUCAGCACAUCCAAGCACGUCUUCAAGGUGGCGUGGUCGUAAACACAGAUCCGCUAGAAUUGGAAGGAUCUAUCAGCAGCAAUCACCUUCGAAGCAUGCCGUCUUCAAACGUUCCAAUUACAAUUUGGAAACUCUUUUCGUCGGCCAUUCGCUGGAAUCGGAUCUCUUCAUCUUCACCAUCCACCCAAAUCAUCAGGUAUACUUGGACAUAGAAAGGCUGAUCAAGUGGUAUCGAGGAGUUCUGGACGAAGGAGUUGAAAAACAGAGGAUCAAAAAGUAUCAAGAUUUUGGAGAGAAGAAGAUCAAGAGAAUCGAGGACCUGCCACUGUUCGCAGACUCAUUGUGGUCCAAGAAAAUGAAGGAAGUGGUGGACCGAUCGGAUACUGAUAAGAAACUAUUCAACGAAGACAUGGUCCAUCAUUUUGGAGAGCACCAGAAGGACAACUUCUUUAUCGAUUUGGCAGGCGGAUGUGCGUUGGAAGAAGAUGACACACCGACCACCAGCCACGCCUGGAUCCUGGAUAGCCUGACUUUUUUGGAGCACUGCCGGAAGCACAAUUGGGAAAUUGGAGAACCAGCGAGGGCCAGAUUAUCAAGUGUGGCUAUGAUGAAGAAGUUGGAGAAGAUUGCUCCAGAAAUCUUUGGCGUUGUCCUCAACAUCCAGAAGUGUCUUCUCAUCGUCCAUCGUUUGCUGCUUCAAUCCAUCAUCUUCUUCAACAUCUGCUCGUCUUCGUUUUUUUCGUCCUGUCUCCUUCCAAUCAGUCUGAAAUUUGCCGAAUCCUUCUGA